UCGGCCAUUCAGCGCGGCGGAGGCGGUGCACUGGAGGAGACACCGGACUGAACGGAGGAAGAGUCCCAAACGUUUGACUACUGUGAUCCGGGAAGUGAUCCGGACAGAGACCUCAUGAAUGGAAAUCGGAACUACAGGAGCCGUUGGGGCCCAGUCCCUGUUCGCCAUGCCUCGGCGGCCUGGCUUUGGCACCAUGGGGAAGCCCAUCAAGCUGCUGGCCAACUGCUUCCAGGUGGAGAUCCCCAAGAUGGAUGUCUACCUGUACGAGGUGGACAUCAAGCCUGACAAGUGCCCCCGGCGAGUCAACAGGGAGGUGGUUGACUCAAUGGUACAGCACUUUAAGGUGACAAUCUUUGGGGAUCGCAGGCCAGUCUAUGAUGGAAAGAGGAGCCUGUAUACAGCCAAUCCACUGCCUGUGGCACCCGCAGGGGUGGACCUGGAUGUCACUCUACCAGGAGAGGGAGGGAAAGAUCGGCCCUUCAAAGUUUCCAUCAAGUUUGUGUCUCUGGUCAGCUGGCACAUGCUCCACGAGGUGCUGACUGGCCGUUGCAUGCCCGAGCCCCUGGAGCUGGACAAGCCCAUCAGCACUAACCCUGUGCACGCAGUGGAUGUGGUGCUGCGACACCUGCCGUCCAUGAAGUACACACCGGUGGGUCGCUCCUUCUUCUCGGCUCCAGAGGGCUAUGACCAUCCCCUGGGAGGUGGGAGGGAGGUUUGGUUUGGUUUCCAUCAAUCUGUGCGCCCUGCCAUGUGGAAGAUGAUGCUGAACAUCGAUGUGUCUGCCACCGCCUUCUACAAGGCUCAGCCAGUCAUCCAGUUCAUGUGUGAAGUGCUGGACAUCCACAACAUAGACGAGCAGCCUCGCCCUCUCACAGACUCGCACCGGGUCAAAUUCACCAAAGAAAUCAAAGGUUUGAAGGUGGAGGUGACACACUGUGGAACCAUGCGGAGGAAGUACCGCGUCUGCAACGUGACCCGUCGGCCUGCCAGCCAUCAAACGUUCCCUCUACAGUUGGAAAAUGGUCAGACUGUAGAGCGCACUGUAGCCCAGUACUUCAAGGAGAAGUACAACCUGCAGCUUAAGUACCCACAUUUGCCCUGUCUACAAGUGGGCCAGGAGCAGAAGCACACCUACCUGCCCCUGGAGGUGUGUAACAUUGUAGCAGGUCAACGGUGCAUCAAGAAGCUGACGGAUAAUCAGACCUCCACUAUGAUCAAAGCCACGGCUCGCUCUGCGCCCGACAGGCAGGAGGAGAUCAGCAGGCUGGUGCGCAGCGCCAACUACGAGGCCGACCCCUUUGUGCAGGAAUUCCAGUUCAAGGUGCGCGACGAGAUGGCCCACGUGACGGGGCGAGUGCUACCCGCCCCCAUGCUGCAGUACGGCGGCAGGGUGAGCACUGAGCACUUUAUGAACCGCACGGUGGCCACGCCCAGCCACGGGGUGUGGGACAUGAGGGGGAAGCAGUUCCACACCGGGGUGGAGAUCAAGAUGUGGGCCAUCGCCUGCUUUGCCACACAGAGGCAGUGUCGGGAAGAAAUACUAAAGGGUUUCACAGACCAGCUGCGUAAGAUCUCCAAGGACGCUGGGAUGCCCAUCCAGGGGCAGCCGUGUUUCUGUAAAUACGCCCAGGGAGCGGACAGCGUGGAGCCCAUGUUCAGACACCUGAAGAACACCUACGCCGGGCUGCAGCUCAUCAUCGUCAUUCUGCCGGGGAAGACUCCUGUGUAUGCCGAGGUAAAGCGUGUGGGCGACACCCUCUUGGGCAUGGCCACGCAGUGUGUCCAGGUGAAGAACGUGGUGAAGACGUCACCUCAGACCCUCUCCAACCUCUGCCUCAAGAUCAACGUGAAGCUGGGAGGCAUCAACAACAUCCUGGUGCCUCACCAACGACCUUCAGUGUUUCAGCAGCCAGUUAUCUUCUUGGGAGCAGAUGUCACACAUCCACCUGCUGGAGAUGGGAAGAAGCCUUCAAUUGCAGCAGUGGUAGGCAGUAUGGACGCUCACCCCAGCAGGUACUGUGCCACAGUGCGAGUCCAGAGGCCCAGGCAGGAGGUCAUCCAGGACCUGGCCUCCAUGGUGCGGGAGUUGCUCAUCCAGUUCUACAAGUCAACCCGCUACAAGCCCACCAGGAUCAUUUUCUACAGGGAUGGAGUUUCAGAAGGCCAGUUCAGACAGGUGCUGUAUUAUGAGCUGCUGGCUAUUCGUGAGGCCUGUAUCAACCUGGAGAAGGAAUACCAGCCUGGCAUCACCUACAUUGUUGUGCAAAAACGCCACCAUACACGCCUCUUCUGUGCAGACCGCAACGAAAGAGUUGGACGUAGUGGAAACAUUCCUGCUGGUACGACCGUGGACACAGACAUCACGCAUCCCUACGAGUUUGACUUUUACCUCUGCAGUCACGCUGGAAUACAGGGCACCAGUCGGCCCUCCCACUACCAUGUUCUGUGGGACGACAAUUGUUUUACCGCUGACGAGUUCCAGCUGCUCACCUACCAGUUGUGCCACACCUACGUGCGCUGUACCCGCUCAGUCUCCAUCCCUGCGCCAGCCUACUACGCCCACCUGGUGGCCUUCCGUGCCCGCUACCAUCUGGUGGACAAAGAACAUGACAGCGCUGAGGGCAGCCACGUGUCUGGUCAGAGUAACGGUCGGGACCCCCAGGCGCUGGCUAAAGCUGUUCAGAUUCACCACGACACACUGAGGACCAUGUACUUCGCCUGAGCUACAACUACCAUCGCCACCAUUGCCACCCUUUACACACACACAUAAACACACACAGACACAACCACGCACACCUGGCUUGCCAGUCAAGGAGUCCUCAUAUGUGCAAGUCCCGCCCUCCCCCCCCCCCCCACACGCCUAGUCAAUCCGGACCUGACACUGUGCAGAGGAAAGCAGGGAGGAGGCAGGGGAGGAGGCCACCCCCCCUCACUGGACUGAGGAUGCAAACGCUGCUUUAAAACAAACCAGAGAGAAACUCAGCACUAUUAUGCAAUAUCAAACCAGCCAACUAGUUUAUUUCCACUCUUAUCGGACCCCCUUUUCAUUGCCCCUCUUUCCCCGUUUGUCUCCUUUACUCGUGGCCUACUUCUCCUCACCUUUGGCACAUUCUUUCUUUAUAGUCUACUAAUCUGCUCCUCCUACAGUACAUACGGUACAUCUACAGUACCUCAAGUCAGUUCGAGCAGCCGCACUUUUACAUUCUGUUGACCCCUGUUGAAGGAAGGGUCAGACUCUGGAGUAGUUGGUGUUUGAUUUAUUUUAAAUAUAGUUGUUAUACAGUUGCCACUUUUCCCACUGGUUUCCUCUGAUCUGUCACGUCUCACUAGUGUGUGUGUGUGUGCGUGUGUGUGAAAUCACCAGUUUCUUGUUCUUUUGAGCACACUGCCACCUGUUGGCGACGAGGUAUAAAUGCCCCUUUAAAGUCACAACAACGAGUUGUUGUCCGAGAAGGUUUUAGAUCAGAUUUAUCUUCAGCAGUCAGCUGUCACAUUUAAACGGCCAGUUCAUAUUGGCUGAUAUUUCAAUGGAUUUUAUUUAAAGUAUAACACUGUUAUUUUUGCUUCUGGUUGUUUUUCUUCGACUUUAUGU